AUGAGAUUCCCUAUGUGUAUUAUUACGGUCGUUGGGAAUGUUAGUGAGGAAUCAUUCAUAUGGAGGGAUGUGAAGUCUAAGUAUGAUGAUAGGGAGUAUUUUGCUGACUUUAUUGUCUUGCAUUUUGUCUCUGUGAAUGUAAUUUUGAGAAUGGAUUGGUUAUCUAAGUACUGUGUACGGAUUGAUUGUUGCAGCAAAACCAUUUCUAUUUCCUCUAACGAUGAAGUGAGAGAGUCUCUGGAUAUGUCUGUCCUUCGGGUUGCAAAUGCCUUGAAGGAAGGAGAUUCAGAGUUUAUUCUAUUGGGAGUUCUGGUUGGCGUCAAUAAGGAGCCAAUUUCUAAUAUCCCUAUGGUCUUUGAUUUUGUGGAUGUCUUUCUGGAUGAAAUUUUGAAUUUUCCGCCGGAGAGGGAAAUUGAAUUUUCAAUUGGCUAG